ACUCAGGAGGAACUGAGAAGCAGGGGUCUCUUCCCACAGCCACACGGAGAGCUGGAGCAUCAGGCCUCAGGCCCCAUGGACCCUUCUCCCCAGCCACAGGGCCCCUCCCUGCUCAUGAUGCAGGCCCUGCGGGAGUUGGACCUCACAGCCUGCAGCAAGCUGACCGAUGCCAGUUUGGCACAGGUGCUCCAGUUCCCCCAGCUGAGGCAGUUGUCACUGAGCCUGCUGCCAGCACUCACAGAUAACGGCUUGGUGGCUGUGGCCAGGGGCUGCCCUAGCCUGGAGCGCCUGGCACUGAGUCACUGCAGCCUCCUCAGUGACGAGGGCUGGGCCCAGGCAGCCAGCUCCUGGCCGAGGCUGCAGCACCUCAACCUGUCCAGCUGCAGUCGGCUCACAGAGCAAACGCUGGACACCAUUGGGCAGGCGUGCAAGCAGAUCCAGAUGUUAGAUGUCGCCAUGUGCCCUGGUAUUAGCAUAGCUGCUGUCAGGCAAUUCCAAGCCCAACUGCCCCAGGUGAUCUGCAUCCAGUCCCGCUUCGUGGGAGGGGCUGACCUGACCCUAACACUCUGAGGCCAGGUCAGUAAGCGGCCCUGUGGCUCAGCCUCAUGUCCCUGGCCCUGGCUUCUCAACCUGGAGUUUGACUCAGUGCCUCCUGUUCCCCUCUGCUACAGACCCCAGAGCCCCUUCCCUAAGCUAUAAACACCUUUGCAAGGACUGGAGGUGGGGCUAAUCCAGGGCUGUCUGGAGUGCUUCCUACCCCAGUUUGCCCCACAGCCUGGCAGGGGCUUGCCAGCUACAUGAGGCUGCCACAGGCCCCUGGAAAUGCCAGCUCCUGACCUCCUGGCCAGGCCUGGGUCUGGAAGCCCCAGGCCCAUAGGUGGCUGGGUCAGAUGCUGGAGAGGAGCAGACCCCCCUCUUGCUCUGCCUACCUCCAUCCAAGGCCUGUGCCCUACCUUGUUCCCUAUUCUAGUUCCCAGUCCCCUACCAGCGCUGAACUUUAGCAGCCAAGCCUUAUCUUUGUUGUAAACCCAAACAAGAUUAAAAAUUCCAGAUUCUA